CUUCUUCGCAUACUUUCUUUAAAUGCAGAGUAGCGUGCAAAUAACGAGAACGAACAAUAUUUUGGUGGCAAAAUAGGAAAAAUACGAUAAGUAGCGUGUUCUUUUCUCUCUCCUUUCCCAUCUUCAACCCAACCCACCUUUGCUACUCACAUCGCCCAUUUCCAUUCAACCAACAUGGAGCACGCUCAGCAAGAACACCAGGUCGAGAUGGAGGAGGAAGAGGAGGAUACCUAUGGCAGCCAUUUGCUCACCGAGAAACUGGAGGAAUGCGGCAUUCAAACAGCGGACAUCAAGAAGCUGAAGGACGCAGGCUAUUACACCGUCGAAUCGAUCGCAUUCACUCCAAAGAAGACCCUACUUACCAUCAAGGGUAUCUCGGAGGCCAAAGCCGAAAAGAUUAUCACAGAAGCAUCCCGUCUUGUCCCUAUGGGAUUCACAACGGCAACAGAGUUUCAUGAGAGAAGAAGUACCAUGUUGCAGAUUACGACCGGCUCGGGAGAACUGGACAAGCUGUUGGGUGGAGGCAUCGAGACUGGCGCUAUCACAGAGUUAUUUGGCGAGUUUAGGACGGGAAAGAGUCAGCUUUGUCAUAUGCUGGCAGUUACUUGCCAGCUACCAACGGCAAUGAAUGGUGGCGAGGGAAAGUGCCUUUACAUCGACACCGAGGGAACAUUCCGUCCCGAACGUCUACUCUCGAUCUCCGAGAGAUACAAUCUCAAUGGUGAAGAAGUCCUGGACAAUGUGGCAUAUGCCCGAGCAUACAACACAGACCAUCAGAUGAACUUGCUGGUCCAGGCGGCAGCCAUGAUGUCGGAGUCUCGAUUCGCCUUGUUGAUUGUUGAUAGUGCAACGUCCUUGUACCGUACGGAUUUCUCAGGACGCGGUGAGCUCUCUGCCAGACAGAUGCACAUGGCGCGCUUUUUGAGGAACCUUCAGCGCCUUGCUGACGAGUUCGGUGUCGCUGUUGUUAUCACGAACCAGGUCGUCGCUCAAGUCGAUGGCAUGGCCAUGUUCAAUGCAGAGAGCAAGAAACCUAUCGGAGGAAAUAUUAUGGCGCAUUCUUCAACAACGAGAUUGUCGCUUCGCAAGGCGAGAGGAGAGAACCGUGUGUGCAAGAUCUACGAUUCUCCAUGCCUCCCCGAGUCCGAAGCCCAGUUCUCGAUCGGCCCACACGGUAUCGCAGAUGCCACCGAAGCGUAAUCUUUGGAUCUCCAUCACCUCCUAUUUGUAACUUUUCACUUCACAGUCUCUGUAUUAAUAUUUUCAAACAAAUAAAACAAAAGAUCCCUGGACUACUGUCAC